AUGGAGUGCGCAGACUUUAGAGUUGCGCUCGGCUUCGAGAGAGCCAUUCGACGCGACCGUCCGUACGGCGGGUACCCACGCCUCCCGAGCGAGGGCUCGCCGCAGAUGGCCUUCUUCGACGCGGCCUUCCAGGGCGACCUUCCCCGCCUCAGGGAGCUGGCGAGCGGCAGGGACGCCAAGGGGAUGGCCUGGCUUGCCGAUGUGUGUCUCGUCGGCGCGGGCCCUUUCCAGACCGCGGCACGCUUGGGGAAACUGGACGCCGUCAGGUGCAUGGUGGAGGAGCUGGGCUUCGAUGUCAAUGCUGGCAGCCAAGCCGGUGUAACUGCUUUGGCUGCUGCUGCAGCGGAUGGAAGAAUGCAUGUUAUGAGGUACCUUCUGGACAAGGGGGCCGAUCCGAAUAAGCCAGCCAAUUCAGGCCAUUAUCCUCUUCACCAUGCUGCAAAACAUGGGCGUGAUGAAGCAGCACGAUUGUUGCUAUCUAGAGGAGCUAGUAUUGAUGUAGCUUAUAUUGGUCUGACACCACUACAUUUCGCUGCUGGCUAUGGGAUGAUUGGUGUCAUGAAAGUUCUGUUGGAGCACCAUGCAGAUCCGAACAAGGUCUCAGAAGAGGGAAGUACUCCGCUGACUGAAGCACUUCAUGGUACCGAUUCAGGAGUACCUGAAUCUACUUCACUGAAGUGUGUCAAGCUGCUUGUGGAGGCAGGCGCAGAUGUAAAUUCUGCUAAUAGCGAAACUCCGUUGGUAAUAGCAAAACGUUAUGGCUUAACUGAUUGUGUCAAGUACCUGUCAAAGGUUAAGCAUGAAAAAAAUACAAAUCUUCAGUUGAAAUCAUAUGCCGAGAAAGCUAUUAAGAGAAAGGACUACCAUGGCGCGUCAAAGUUCUACACCGAGGCGAUUGAGCUGGACCCUAGUGAUGCAACUCUGUACUCAAACAGGAGCCUUUGCUACCUGCAAAUGACUGAAGCAGAUAAGGCUGUGCGCGAUGCUAACACUUGCAUAAAACUGCGGCCCGAAUGGAUCAAAGGUUACUACAGGAAAGGCGCUGCUCUCCUGUCGCUCGAGGACUACAAAGGAGCUAGUGAUGCAUUCAUGGCUGGGCUGCAGGUGGACCCUGAAAAUGUUGAGAUGGAGAAAGCGUUCAUGGAAGCAAUUGAGGGAAUUAAGAAGGACCACUUGGCUGGAAAAGGCUCCAAGCCAUCUGAUUAG